CAGCAGCAUCAGCAGCGAAAAAUGGGAAGGGCAGGACUAAUGUUGCUCUUCUAAUAGUUGUGAAUAUUUUGUGUUUACUAGUUAUUAUUAGCAUUUUUCAGACAGUUAAAAGCUAUUAAACUUCUUUCAAAAUGAAUGAUGAACAAGAAUCAUUAGAACCAUGGAUUAGUUUAUCGAGCUGGGAACAGCAAUGCAUUAAUGAGAUCGAAAAGACUCCUGAUACUGAAAUUGAAUUACAAAAUGCUAGAGACAUUGCUGUACAAAAAUUAUGGUUUCUAUUUCAGAACGCUGCCACAUGUAUUACUCAGUUGUACAAAGAUCGUCAGACUGGAGUAUCCCUUUGGGUGCCUUUUCAAACUGCAGCUAGCAGUGUCACAGGUUUAUACAAAGAAUGCAUUGACUCUCAUAAGCCAAUUUAUGACUUGGGUUAUCAAUGUGGAUUAAACAAAAGAAAUCGAGACUUGCUUUCCUGGGCUAAGAAAAAGAAACGUCAUAUUAGGCGUGAGGAAUUGAUUGCAUAUAUAACUGGCCGUAAUCCACCUUCUACCCGCCUUGGAUGCCCAAAACCUCGUCUAGUUCUUGAUGGUAUGCGUAAUUCUUCCCACCUAAAUGCUCACCGUCUUUCAACUCCCGAUUCGGCUAGCUUGUUGGCUGCUCGAACUGAUGAUUUUGAUAUGUUCAGAGAGGCUUUAGCAUUUUCAACAAAUAUAAGGCAGCAUAAUUCAAGUUCCCCUCCAAGUUUAUCAAGGGUCCACAGAGUGCUCCAUUGUAAUUCAACUUCUACCUCUCACAAUGAACUCAGUGCAUUCAUCACUGAAGAAUUUUCCAGACAUUCAAGGAAGCGCUCUCCUUCUACGGAUGUUAUCAUGGACUCUCCAACCCAUAAACGGUCACGUCUAGUAUGACUUGCUUGCCAUUUAUUCUAGUAAUUGGUAAGACUGUAUAUUUUAUCCAAACUGUGAGUCUUAAAUUAUAAGCGCCUCUUAUAUUUGCAAAUGAUGAGUGAAGUAUUUUUUCACAUUUUCUGUCAAUUAAGUGUUCAAAUAUUUGUCAGCAAAGGAUGAAAAUAUCUGUUGCUAUUUUUUUUAUAUUUCUUGCCAUAAGUCAAUAUAUGCAACUAUAUUGGUUUAGUUUUCACAAACUUUAUAUGAUUUGCAUUCAUUAAAUAUUUAUUUAUUUACGCUUUAUCAUCUUGUUUCUUGCUUAUAGUUUGUACAUUUUUUGAAUUUCUAAUUAUCAAAGAGAAAAAUGAAAAAAUAAAUGAGGGAAAUGUAUAGUAAAUUCUCAACUUUAAUUUGAUAUUUUAUCACCAUUCUCUUAUAAAUAUAAACACAAUGUCUUGUCUUGGGCUUAAUUUUUUGUGCCUGGUUCUAAAAUCAGGUAUAUUUCAUUCAAGUUUUAUGUUAUAGUUGUCAAUAAUUCGUUUUAAUGCGUAAUCAGAUAAGCCAUAAUCUAGUGAACUAUGUUUGGAAAAGAAAAGAGGUUUCAAGUGAGUUUCAUCUUACCGCAUCUGACCUUUGAAAAUCAUGCAUACUGAUUAAGUCAACUGCAAAUUGUAAUUAAUUAUCCAAAGUAAUCAAUUGUUUGCCCAUGUGCAAUAUUAAAAUAUUACUCUACUUUAGCAGAGAAUCUCCCUCUCUCUUGCACCAAUUAUUUCUUCUGAUCAUAUAAUACCUCUGAGAGAAAUAACUGCUGUCUUGAGCAUGGAGAGAGGGGAUGGAAUUUCAUGGCAUGUUGUACACAUUAAGUUUAAGUGUUCCUUUCACUUAAUGUGUAAUUGCCAUUAAAAAAAAAAUUCUACUUUUUUCUAAUGUUCUUUUUAAUGCACUUGGUUCCGUUUUGUUCUUUCAGGUUGCGUAAAACAUAGUCUCUCUAAAUAAAAUUUAAAAGUAUUGGUUUUAUUUAAUAUUUCUAUAUUUCAUUCUUUUUACAGUACUAAGAUCUGAUUUUGAAUUUUAGCAUUAAAAUGCAAACAAGAACAAAAAAGUAGAAGUUCAUAAACAAUAUGCAAAAGAAGGAAAAAAAUCAAUUGUUCAUCAGUUAAUUAUUUUUAUUUUUUUUUAACAUCAAUGUUUGAAUCGUACAGGAGCAAGGAGUAAUAAGUUAAUCAAUAUAUAAUGCAAAUCAUAGCUAAUUUGUAAUCAGAAUCACAAUAAUUUCAUUUUUAAUGAAUAAAUCACUAGUUUUCAAUAUUGCAGCUGUUAAUUUUCUCCUUGAAGAUUUGGGAUGUGGAGUAGAGUAAAAUUAUUUUUUGUCUAAUUAUAAAUUGUGCAUUUAUUUUUAUUUGAAAUAUCAUCAACUUUGAACACCUAAAUUUGUCGUAGACUUUGGUUGAAAAUAAUUAAGGAUACCGUGAUUUAUUGUCAAUAGGUUGUAUUCAUCAUACAUGGGUUUGAAGGGUCCUGGUAAAACUGUGAAGUCCAAACCUUUGAACUAAACGAAAGUUAAAACUAAUUUACAAGUAAAUUGAUACAAAUUAAAAUUUUAUUAAAAUAAGUUUGAAUAUAAUAGUGUUUAAUUACCAAUAUUAGAUUCGUUCAAAUUAACAUAUUAUAAAAUGAAUGUGUAAAAAACUUAAGAUUUCACCAAAAAGUUAACUUAAGUCGUUUUUCCAGUGGACCUUUCUUUUGUAUUUGGGAUGUUCAUACCAAAUAGAAAAACUAAAGUUAAAAAUAUUAAAGAAGUUUAGUUUGACUGAAUUUUAAUCAAGGUUAACAAUUCAACUUUUAAUUCAAGAUAAAAAAUAAUUCGAUAAAUUUGCGCGAUUUCUUAUUUUAUGGUAAGAACUUGGUGUACGUUAAAUAUUUUGCUUUCAUUGUUUUAAUACUGCACUCUGUUUACAUUUGGGUUUUGAAACAAAUCGCUGAUGUUACUGGUGACAGAUUUAUAUGUUCAUCUUAAUUGUUUUACAUUACUGUAUCAUUACUUUUGUGUUUUGUAAAAGGAUUACGGAAACACUGUUACACUUUGUUGAGUGUUUUGCUACCAGUUAUUAAAAAGUAAUAAUUUGUUGAUCGUAGAUAUCCAACAAAAUCUUGCUUUUUAAUAACUUCUCAACCUGAUCAUUUAAAGUAUAAUUUUAAUGUUAUGGGAUUUUUUUUCAAUACAUUGCAGAUUAGAAGUAUUCAAUCUAGUCAGCACUGAAUAAUUGUUAAAAUUAAAAGUUUUGGAUCAUAGCCAAGUUUCUUUUUUUUAAAAAAAUUUCAAUUGCUUUAUCUAGUCACAUUCAUUUGCCAAUACUUGUAUCUAAAACUGAAAAUGGUUGUCUCAAAAUUAUCUGCUGUAUUUUUCUUAAGUAUAUAAUCCUAUAUAAAUUAGUUUUUUUAAUUAUGUAUUAUAUACAAUCCGUUUUAAGUAGUACUUAUUUUCAGAUAUGGGUGAUAGAUUUUUUUUUUAAAUAUAAGUUUUAAAAUUGCUUGCCCUCUUGUUCUUUAUUUUCCUGAAAAAUAAAAAUUGAGUAACCUAAGUCUCAUUCUGGACUUAGGUUAAAAUAUAACGUUCUUCUGAUCAAAAACACUGCAAAAAAUAAUUUGCGGGGAGGGGGGUGUAUUGGUUGCUUGUCCCUAUAACACAGCUCAUGUAAAGAUCAUUUUAUGUCAUUGUUUCUCAUAAAAGUGGUUAGCAGCAGUUUAAUGAGAAAAUCUCAAGCUAACCCUCCUUUUUAAAGUUCUGCCACUAUAUAUCUUGCUUAACAUUAAUAAAUUUUUGUACAAGUUAAUUUUGUUUUACAAGGGAGAAGGUGGGGAAUUAAAAUUUCUUGAUUAUUUGGGUUUAGCAUUAUUUACUUCAAUAAAAAAAAAUGGAACUCUUAUAUAGGGUUGCUGUGCAAGCAGAAAUGUAAAAAAAAAAAAAAGGGGAACAGGGCAUUGUCAUGUUUAUUAGGAAAUAUCAUAGAAAAUCAUGAAGAAGUUUUUAAUGUUAUCAGUCGAUAUUCUAUUGCAAAUAAUUUGAGGGUUUUUUCCCCUCUCUCUCUCUUAUUUUUGAAAGGAGAAAAAGCUUUCAAUGCAAUGACUUUUAAAUUAACUACUGUUGAUGAGAAUAAUUCAUUCCACUAAGAAUUUGUCUGUUUUUUACUUGUCAUUCCUUCAAGGAAAAAAAAGGAAACAUAAGAUUAGCACCUAGUAGCUCUAAGCUUAAGCAAAAUUUGGGAAACACUCUAUAUUAAGAUAAGAAUUCAGUAGCAAUGUUAUACUAAAUAAUUUACUGCAACAUCUGUCUC